AUGGAAGAAGUCGAUGAGAAGAAGGAAGAAGACGAAAAACCUUCAAACGAAGUUGCCGUCGCCGCCGAUAAGGCCGUUCCAACGAAGGAGACAAAAGCGCUCCCGAAAGCUUUGCUCGAACGACUGAAAAAGAAAGGCAUCGUCCCCGCCGUCGUCGUCCCCAAAGAAGAAGACAAAGAAGAAAAGAAUGAUGAGGAAGAGAACGUUCCACCUCCUCCUCUUCCAAAAGGAUGGCGAGAAGGGAAGAGCGAAGACUACGACAAUCACGCGUACUAUUACAACGCAAAGUUGAACAUAUCUCGCUGGACGAGACCAAAAGAGAAGAAGACAAAGAAGGAGAAAGAAAAAGUGCCACCAUUUUAUUGGAAGACGACUGUCGAUAAGAAAACAAAGCGGGAGUACUAUUACAACGAGAAGACGAACUAUUGCACGUGGGUGAUGCCGGAAGAUCCAGCGAUAGUUGCUAAAAUGAUUCGAUGCGCCAACUGCGGAGGGUUCGGGCAAGGUUUAGUCAAAGAGCACGGUUUUUGUAACCGCUGCGCGAGAGAGUUACGAGUGAGGAAGAAACCGCCGCCGACGAAACAGCGAGGUGGAGGGCAGAAAAAGACGUUGGUUUUGUAA